AGGAUCUUCGAUGCAGUUGAGCAGUGGCACACGAAAACUUUUGGAUGACAUGAUGAAGAACGCUGGGCUGAAUCAUCGUAAGGCGACCCAAUUGAGACAGUUUGUGGAUACCAAUGGUUCUCUCCCUGUUGCAAGGCCGGUAGUUGAUGUCGACCAGUUGGCGUCCACGUUGCCCGCGAAGCCCCGGGUUCUCAAUCCCAAGAACUUUCGAGGAGGAAGGAAAACGGCUUCAGCGAUCGCACAGGAGGUGUCCCAAGACAGCGAGAGGAAUCGACCUCCUCCUUCCACCAAGUUGUUCGUUGAUCGCGAGCAGGAGAAGCAGAGGCUUGCGAUGUUCAUGCAGUACGAGGGUGACAUCCCUGUGGUCAAACCUGUGCAGGAGCUGAGAACGAGGACGAGGCGAUACGUUCCUCCUGGGGUCCGCACGACUGCCACAGCGAAAUCAGAGACAGAAAUCCUUCAAGAGAGAUUCAGAGAGCUAAGUAAGGAGGUCGAUGAGAAUCAGAAAUUUCUGCAAGAGAUGUCAUCCACUGGCAAGGCGGGCGACUACACGGCCAUCGUCAACGGGGCGAUCUCGGAGAAGAUGCGGGAGAUGCAGGCUAUAGACAAGAAGCUCGAGAAGCUGGGGGUGUGAAUGUACUUUACAAACUUC